CCUCUCUAUCCUCCUUCCUAUUGGCCAGACUUUGUCACCGCCUUUGCUAGUUGGCGCGGUUGUUGAAAACCCGGGAGUUGAACGGAGGACGCAUUAAACGCUUCAUCCCUGGGGAGCAUGGAAAACGGCAGGCACUCGUUUCCCUUUCCCUACGAGCCCUACGGCAUCCAGGAGCAGUUCAUGAAAGCUCUCUACAGCGCCCUGGACCGAGGCAAAGUGGGCAUCUUUGAGAGCCCCACUGGAACGGGCAAGUCGCUGAGUCUCAUAUGCGGAGCCCUGAGCUGGCUGACGGACUACGAGGAGAAGAGGAGACGGGAGGCGGCGGCUCUGCUGCAGGAGGGGGAGGCGUCGCUCUCCGCCUCCGCCGCGCCGUCCUCCGCCACCAGCUCGGCGUCGGCCGAGCCGGACUGGAUCGCCGACUUUGUCCAGAAGAAGGCGGAACGUGACCUGGUGUCAAAGUUAAAGGAGGAAGAGCUGAAGAGGAGGAAAAGAGAAGAGCGACUGGAGACGAUUAGAAAAAACAUCCAUCUAAAGUACGCAGGCAAGCGAAAGAGCUGCGAAGAGGAGGAGGCGAUCAAGCUGCUUCAGCUCAGUAAAGGGGGAGAAACGGAGACGCCAGGAGACCAGGAGGACGAGGAGCUCGUCGUGGCGGAGUACGAGAGCGAUGACGAGUCAAAGAGCAAGAGCAGGUUCCUCGGAGGCGAGGAAGAGGACGACGAGGACGAGCUGGCCGAAGAGCACGUGACCAAGAUCUACUACUGCAGUCGCACCCACUCCCAGCUGGCCCAGUUUGUCCACGAGGUCCAGAAGAGCCCCUUCGGUCAGAACGUCAGCCUGGUCACGCUGGGCUCUCGGCAGAAUCUGUGCGUUAACGACGAGGUACGGCGGCUGGGCAGCAUCCAGCGCAUCAACGACCGCUGCCUGGAGAUGCAGAAAAACAAGCACGAGAAGCAGAACCACGAAGACGGUGCCAAACGAAAGCGAGGUCCGGCGAAAAGCGUGUGCCCUUACAACAAAGCUGUGGCACUGCAGCAGAUGAGGGACGAAGUCCUGGGGACGGUCCGGGACAUAGAGCAGCUGCUGACGCUGGGCAAGGAGUCGCACGCGUGUCCUUAUUAUUCCACACGCCUCGCUGUCCCACCUGCACAGCUGGUUGUUUUGCCCUAUCAGAUGGUUCUUCACGAGGGUACAAGAAGGGCAGCAGGCAUCCAGCUAAAGGGACAGGUGCUGAUCAUAGACGAGGCGCACAAUCUCAGCGACACUCUCUCCUGCAUCUACAGCGCGGAGCUCAACGGAGCGCAGCUUUGCCGCGCCCAGUCCCAGCUCACGCAGUACGCCGACCGCUACAGGAGCAGACUGAAGGCAAAGAACCUGAUGUACAUCAAGCAGAUUCUGUUUGUCAUAGAGGGACUGAUCCGUGUGCUGGGAGGUAAAGUCGGACAGAAUCCACAGAGCCAGACCACGCCGUCAGGGACGGAGAUGUACACCAUAAACAAUUUUCUCUUCAAGGCUCAGAUUGACAACAUCAACUUGUUUAAGCUACAAAGGUACUUUGAAAAGAGCCUGAUCAGCAGGAAGCUGGGUGGAUUCGUGGAGAAGUACGCCGGCUCUGGUGUAACGCCGCACGCCCAGAGCAGCUCCAACAAGGAGAACCGUCGCACGGAAGGCUUAAGUCGUUACCUUCAGGGCUUGAAGAGCAACCCCACUUCCGCAGCAGUUCCGUCACCAGACCAGCAGGGGGCUGCGGAAGCGGACAAAGUGCUGUCAGCAUCUCCUAUGACUCAGGUGGAGGGUUUCUUCCAGGCUCUCACCAACAGCAACACUGACGGCAGAGUGGUGUUACAGAAACAAGGCACGUUGUCUGAGAGCAGCGUCAAGUUCCUGCUCCUGAACCCAGCGGUCCAUUUUGCCCAGGUGUUAGAGGAGUGCAGAGCAGUCGUCAUUGCCGGGGGGACAAUGCAGCCUGUGUCAGACUUCAAACAGGAGCUACUGUUUUCUGCUGGAGUGAAGGAGGAGCGUAUCACAGAGUUUUCCUGCGGCCACGUGAUUCCCCCAGAGAACAUCCUUCCUCUGGUCCUAUGCGCCGGUCCUUCUGGUCAGGAGCUGGAUUUUACCUUUCAGAAAAGAGACUCUCCUCAAAUGAUGGAUGAAACGGGCCGCAUCCUCUCCAACAUCUGCAACGUGGUCCCAGGCGGGGUCGUCUGCUUCUUCCCCUCUUACGAGUACUCGAGGAGAAUCGUUUCUCACUGGGAGGCCAGCGGCGCGAUUGCCCGGCUGGGGAGCAAGAAAAAGAUCUUCCAGGAGCCAAAGAAGGCCAACCAGGUGGAGCAGGUGUUGAGCGACUUCUCCCGUUGCAUCCAGAGGUGUGCCGUGGACAGCAGCGGGGGAGUGACGGGAGCGAUACUGUUCUCUGUGGUGGGUGGAAAGAUGAGCGAGGGCAUCAAUUUCUCCGACGACCUGGGCAGGUGCGUGGUGAUGGUAGGAAUGCCGUAUCCCAACAUCAAGUCUCCAGAGCUGCAGGAAAAGAUGUCGUAUCUGGACAAACACCUGCCUCACAGUCACGGCAGAAGCCCCGGACAAGCGCUGGUAGAAAACCUGUGCAUGAAGGCCGUCAACCAGUCCAUAGGAAGAGCCAUCAGACACAGAGGCGACUACUCCUCCAUCGUCCUCUGCGACAGGCGCUACGCUCGGCCCGCUACGCUCUCCAAGCUCCCUGCUUGGAUCAAGGCUCGCACCAGCACACACUCCGGCUUCGGCCCCGCGUUCGCCGCCCUGCGGAAGUUCUUCCAGGAGAAGAAGCAGAAGCAAGAGUAAAUUCUUCCUCCAAAAGAGGAUAAAUCUCCGCCAUCAUCAUCAUCAUCAUUACUACCACACGCUUUUUUUGUGUUCUCAUAUCAUCUUUAUUUUACAUGUUAAAAAUUAUUUUAUGACAUGUUCUGGGUUGUCAACGGGUUUUAGUCAGGAUGUUAGUGGUUUUAAAAAGUGAUUAAAAGCUAUUUUCUAUGUUAAAUGUAACUGAAAUAGUUGUCAGGCACAGCGCUGAUGGAGAAAUAUCCGACUUCAUAACAGAAAUGUUAACAUUUCAUGAAAUUCAUUAUGUAAUUCUGCUUGCUAAAUGCUUUUUAUUUCUACAAGGUUCUGUACAAAUUUGGGAUUUAUUAAACAUUUCGUUUUAUUUAAGUUUGUAUUCAUGUUAUUUAAUUUCUACUCCAUUGUAUUAAGUGGCAUUAUUUAGCCAGCCAGUUUUUUUCCCCACUCCUGGCUAUUGACUUCUUUUGUAUUAUGUAAAGAAAAUACAACUUCUGCAAUACAAAAA